CGGAUUUGCAGGUUGCCACUGCCAUGGAUUAGCCCAUAUCUGAUUGGGGAUUCCCUGCUAGCAGCUCUUGAGUUUCCCCCAUUUAUUCAAAGCACUUGGCACAUGCCACUCCAACAUUUCAAGUCAACGGUCAUGCAUGGAGUUAACACCGAGUAAAUCCCCACUGUCACCACCACGUUCUAGCUCUAGGGGGUUGGAAUUCAAAACAGAAAAAGAAAAUAACUCGGGUUUAUGAUUUUAAUUUUCACAUUCUGUUCUAUUAUCCGAAACCGCAUUACAAAAUACAGAUUGGCACCUUGGUCGGCCAACAAUAACGCAUACCAUAUGACAAGGUGGGGGACGAUUUAUCCAAUUUCGAGAGAUGUAGGUAUGAAUAUGAUAUGCCUCCACAUUAUUUGGAUGAUCAAACGUCAACAAUCUGUUCCUCAAAUAAAAGUGUUAUAUACAAAUCCCUAGCCAUUAUCCGAUGGCAUCCUUUCAUAUUCUGGACCAUCAAUCACAAAAGAUGGAUGAAAAGGCUCAGCCACACCCUAUAGAGCAGGAGCUCUCGGCAUCAUCCACGGGCCUGCAAACAGACAGUAUCGGAUUUGACGAUGAACAUCUUGCUCUCAUGUCAAAUCUCGUCCCAAACCUUUCCGAUAUGAUCAAGCGAGCUCGUCGUGCCGCUCUUUUUGAGCACCAAAUGACCAAUCUGACUGCCUUCAAGCUCUAUCCAAAGGCGAUUUUCUUUUCCUUCAUUUUUUCGCUAGCCAUAGUUAUGGAUGGUUAUGAUACAUCACUACUUUCCUCUUUGUAUGCAUAUCCAGAGUUUCAAAGGCGGUUUGGAGAAAAAUUGGUCAAUGGGACCUACUCGAUUACUUCGUCUUGGCAAUCCGGUUUACAGAACGGCACCCAGGCAGGUCAGAUCCUUGGCCUAAUGUUUGCCGGCGCCAUAGCCGAUCGAUUUGGUUAUAGGAGAACUAUGUUCACCGCGCUGACCCUAGUCAUUGGGUUUGUGUUUGUUCUCUUUUUCGCUACCAAUGUCCAAAUGCUCUUUGCUGGAGAAUUCCUCUGCGGGCUACCCUGGGGCAUGUUCCAGAUUUUGACCACGACAUAUGCUGCGGACGUCAGCCCAGUUGUGCUCAAACCGUAUUUGACAACGUAUGUCAAUUUGUGCUGGGUUACAGGCCAGUUCAUUUCGGCCGGGGUGCUCAGGGGCUUUCUCAGUCGGCCUGAUGAAUGGGCUUGGCGUAUUCCCUAUGCCAUUCAAUGGGCCUGGCCUAUUCCUAUACUUGUGGGUGUAUCGUUCGCACCUGAGUCGCCAUGGUGGCUGGUACGACAUGGUCGCGAAGAAGAAGCGAGACGCUCACUUCUACGGCUAUCGUCGGCAACGGCUAGGGCUGAUAGUGGCUACGACGUUGAUGACGCCAUUGCCCUAAUAAUUCUUACAGAUGCACAGGAAAAGGUUGUUCGGCGUGGAACUUCAUAUCUAGACUGUUUCAAAGGAGUUGAUUUAAGACGCACAGAAAUUACCUGUUGCGUAUGGAUGAUUCAAGUGUUCUGCGGUAUCUCAUUUGCAGGUAACGUGACAUAUUUUUUACAACAAGUAGGCUUUGAUAACAAUCAAUCUUUCUCCUUCGGCCUUGGGGUGAAUGGAAUAGCCUGGAUAGGCACCAUUUCUUCAUGGUUGGUAAUGCAGCGUGUCGGAAGACGAUCGCUGUAUGUCUACGGCUUGGGGGUAAUGCUUAUCGUGCUAACGAUGAUCGGGUUUCUGGCAAUUCCUACCAACACUCCGGCAAUCAACUAUGCCUCUGUGGCUUUAAUGAUGAUUUAUGUGUUUGCCUACGACAUCACUGUGGGUCCUGUUGGGUACUGCCUUGUUUCGGAGAUUCCAUCAACACGGCUGCGCAUAAAAACCGCAACACUGGCUCGUAACGCUUACAAUCUUUCCAGUAUUGGUGCAAACUUUCUCAACCCCCCGAUCUUAAACCCGACUGCCUGGAAUCUUAAAGGGAAAGGUGGCUUUAUUUGGGCGGGGCUUUGUCUCCUCUGCUUCGCAUGGAGCUUAUUGCGUCUUCCAGAGCCCAAGGGCCGCACUCCAGCAGAGAUUGAUGUCUUAUUUGACAGGAAAAUAAGUGCAAGACAUUUCGCUAGUGUCCCAGUUGAUCUAUUUCGAUCUGCGAGUUAUUGUUUGACCAUGGAGCGGUCUCGAUCAGAAAAAUCAUCCCACUAGUGUUUCACGUUAUAAGGAUAGUUAUGAACUUUAGUGGCAUUUCUUCGUCAGCCUUGUAUUGUAACGAGAUCUAGGUUUUCUAUGCAGUUGUGAGAAUAUAUUCGUGG